AUGGGCAAAGAUCGAAAUGGCAGCGUUCAAGAGAGAAGAAGCAAAAGCUCAGAGAAAGAGGAUGAAAACGAAAGAAAAUCCGAGAAAGCGAUAGAACAUUCCGAUUCCCAUUCCGAAGAAGAUAGAAAACGCAGAAAAUCCAGAAGGAAAGCGCGGGAAAGCUCCGAGUCAAGUGAUGAAAAACUUGUGAGGAGCGAUAGAAGAAAGAGGAGAUCUCGGAGGCGGUACAGUAGCGAGUCGGAUUCGGAUUCGGACUCCAAGUCGGAGUCGGAGGAGAGCGGUUCGGAUUCGGCGUCGGAGAGUGAGAGCGAGAGCGAGAGUGAUAGUGACAGGAGGAGGAAGAGGAAGAGGAGGAAAGAGAAAGACGAUGACAGAGAAAGGAAGAGGAGAAGAAGAGAGAAGGAGAAGAAAAGGAGAAGAGAGGAAGAGAGGAAGAAGAAGAAGGAGAAGAGAAAGAAGAAGAGGAAGGAAAAGAAGGAGAAAGGAAAGAAAGGAGCUGUCACUAAUUCAUGGGGGAAGUAUGGGAUCAUCAGAGAAACUGAUAUGUGGAACAAACGACCAGAGUUCACUGCAUGGUUGGCAGAAGUAAAACAGGUGAACUUGGAACAUCUGCCAAAUUGGGAAGAGAAGCAGAUGUUCAAACAGUUCAUGGAAGAUCACAACACAGCUACCUUCCCUUCCAAAAAGUAUUAUAGCCUUGAUGCUCAUUUCAGGCAUAAAUUGGAAAAGGAAAUAAAAAAAGGUUAUAAAAAGGUUGGGCAAACAGAACGUACUGUAUUCAAUGAUGAAGAACAGCGACGGCAAGAAAUGAUGCGAGUGCGUGAAAAGCAAAAGGAAGAAGAAGUAGAAGCUCUGAAGCGCUCUAUGCAGAGUGGACUGGCACAAGCAAUGAAAGAGCAAGCUCAACUCAGGGAAGAGAUGGCUUACCAGUAUAAGAUUGGAAACUUUGAGGCUGCUGCUGCCAUUCAGAGAAGGUUAGACCCUGAUGCUGCUGUGUGA